AUGGAUCAUUCUGGUAAGUUACGAGAGAGUUCGUACACAUACGGUCCUCUACGUGAAAACUGGACUAUUCUUCUAACAGUAAACAACGCAUAUUUUGACUUCUUUAGAAACUGGUUCUGGGCUUAUCGGCAACUUGAUAUUACGUAUUCCAUAGUUAUCAUAGCAGAAGAUGAAUUUGUUUAUAGAAAGUUGCGAGAAUUUAAGUCAGAAACGGUGACACUUACAAGAAGUGGGCACGCGUCAGUACACGAAUCUGCGAGUUUCGGAAGUGCAGCAUUUAGUACGUUAGUUUCUGCGAGGCCGUCACAUAUACUGAAUUAUCUUAAAAUGGGAAUAAAUGUUCUGUAUUCGGAUAUUGACAUGGUUUGGAUGCAAAACCCUUUUCCAUAUUUUACAGGAGAUUUUGAUAUGUGGAUGGAACUUGAUAAUGUAAAUAAAGAUAAUUAUUGUACAGGAUUAAUGGCCAUUAAAAGCAACAAAAAUAACAUACGAUUAAUAGAAGGCUGGGAAAAAUCUUUACAAGAGACCCUACAGAUCGACCAGAUAGCAUUCAAUAAAGUUGUGAAACAUGCAACUAUACGAUUGUCAAUUUUAGACAGCAAUAAAUUCCCUAAUGGUUUUCUAUAUUUUGAAAAGUUUACAGAGGAAGAACGUAAUUUAGCUGUGAUUUUACGUAAUGACAGGCUGUCAACCUUACAAGUCUUUCUGGAUUCUGCACCAGUACCAGUCUGUUCUCCACAAAUAACUGCCAAUUUCUCCAAACCAUGA